AUGGAGGUGAGGCUGUACGCCCGGCCGCCGGGCAAGACUUUCCGCGGCGCUUUCCAGAGCCUCUUCCAGAGCGUGCGCGAAGCUUUCCACAGCCCCGGCGGGGCGCGCGACGAGCCCGGCCAGCAGCACGCGACCCCCGCCGCCGCCGCCGCCGCCGCCUUGCCGGCCGCCAGCCCGCCCCAGCAGCAGCAGCAGCCGCCGCCGCCCGGCGCCUCGCCCACCUACCUGCCGCUGGACGAGCAGCCCCCGGCCGGCAAAGAAGACCGCGAGCCGCCGCCGCCGCCCGCCGCCGCCGCCUCGCUGGCCCUGCUGAGCCCCGCUCCCUUCCACAGCUGCUCCGGGGACCUGAAGGAGCUCCUGGGCGAGGGCAGCCCGCUGCCGCUCCUGCCCGACGCCCAAGGGCCGCCGCCGGCGGGGGGGGGCAAGGAGGGCCUGCUGGGCGAGAGCGCCAAGGAGCUGUGCAAGGCCGUCUCGGCCUCCAUGGGGCUGGCGCUGGAGGCGCUGGAGGCGGCGGGCGGCGAGCUGCUGCCGGCCCGCGGCGACUGCAUGUUCGCGCUGCCCGGCGCGGCGCCGCGGCCCCUGGCGCUGGGCGCCUGCAAGAUCGUCGAGGCCGGCCCCGAGGAGGGCGGCGGCGGGCGGGCGGCGGCGGCGGCGGCGGCGGGGGGCGAGGGCGCGCCGGCCCUGCACGUCGCCGGCCCGCUCAGCCUCUACAAGAGCGCGCCCGACCUCGACGAGGCGGCGGCGGCGGCGGCGGCGGGCCGGGACCUGUGCGCCUUCCCGCUGGCGCUGGCGCCCGCCGGCCGCAUCAAGCUGGAGAGCCCGCUGGAGUACGCGGCGGGCGGCGGCGGCGGGUGGGGCGCGCCGUGCCGCCGCCCGGGGGAGCUGCCCGCCCUGGGCGCCCCCUGCGCCGGCCCGCCCUGGCACCCCUUCUUCGCCGACGACGGGCAGCUGUACGGGCCGGGCCCCGCCGGCGAGCCCGCCGCCCCCGGCCCCUUCGCCUACGGCAGGAGCCCCGGCCCGACGCCCCACGACGCCGCCGCCGCCGAGCUGCCCGCCGACCUCUGGUACCCGGGCGGCGUGCUGGGCCGCCUGCCCUUCGCGCCCGCCGCCGCCGCCGCCGCCGCCUGCAUCAAGACCGAGCUCAGCCCCUGGCUCGACGGCUACGCCGGCGCCUACGGAGACGUCAGGCUGGAGUCGGCCAGGGAGCACAUGCUGCCCAUUGACUAUUACUUCCCACCGCAGAAGACGUGCUUGAUCUGUGGGGAUGAAGCUUCCGGGUGCCACUAUGGAGCUCUCACCUGUGGGAGCUGCAAGGUCUUUUUCAAAAGAGCUGCUGAAGGUAAACAGAAAUACCUCUGUGCCAGCCGAAAUGACUGCACCAUUGAUAAGUUCAGAAGAAAAAACUGCCCUUCCUGCCGCCUUCGAAAAUGCUAUGAAGCAGGGAUGACUCUUGGAGCCCGCAAACUGAAGAAACUGGGCAAUCUGAAGCUGCAGGAGGAAGGGGAAGCUGCUGGUCCUUCGAGUCCCACAGAGGAGCAAGCCCCAAAGAUGACCAUGACCCGCAUCGAGAGCCUGGAAUGCCAGCCCAUCUUCCUCAACGUCCUGGAAGCCAUCGAGCCCGGCGUGGUGUGUGCCGGGCAUGACAACAACCAGCCCGACUCCUUCGCAGCCCUGCUCACCAGCUUGAAUGAGCUUGGCGAGAGGCAGCUGGUGCAUGUGGUGAAAUGGGCAAAAGCCUUACCAGGAUUCCGUAACCUGCACGUGGACGACCAAAUGGCGAUCAUUCAGUACUCCUGGAUGGGCUUGAUGAUUUUUGCCAUGGGAUGGAGAUCGUUUACCAACGUGAACUCCCGGAUGCUGUACUUUGCCCCAGAUUUAGUCUUCAAUGAGUACCGGAUGCACAAAUCCAGAAUGUACAGCCAGUGUGUCAGGAUGCGACAUCUGUCUCAAGAGUUUGGAUGGCUUCAGAUCACACCCCAGGAAUUCCUCUGCAUGAAAGCUCUGCUCCUCUUCAGUAUUAUUCCAGUGGACGGCCUGAAGAAUCAGAAAUUCUUUGAUGAACUUCGGAUGAACUACAUCAAGGAACUCGAUCGUAUCAUUGCUUGCAAGAGGAAGAAUCCCACAUCCUGCUCUCGCCGUUUCUACCAGCUCACCAAACUCCUGGACUCUGUGCAGCCUAUUGCUCGAGAGCUGCAUCAGUUUACAUUUGACCUCUUAGUGAAGUCCCACAUGGUCAGUGUGGACUACCCAGAAAUGAUGGCUGAGAUCAUUUCCGUGCAAGUUCCCAAGAUCCUCUCUGGAAAAGUGAAGCCUAUCUAUUUUCACAGCCAGUAAUGGG